AUGGCUGUUAUGGAAAAAGAAGAUGAGAAAGAUGUAGACAUUUUGGAUGUGCUUGUUCAGACAACACCUGGGGCUACAAUGAAGAUAGCUAGCCCUCAUCGGGAAAGCUAUAACCUAGCACUGCCAUUACUCCCAAAGUAUAACAAUGACCUUCUUGAACUCCAAAUUCCUACAGCAAAGCUCGCAGAUUUUCUGAAAUUGGUUGGAGAACUAGAGCCAGGGAGAGAGUCAAGCUUAGCUAAACUCACUGAAGAUCUAGAGGGAAGCGAGGGAAUUAGUUAUGAGGUGUUUAACACUAUGCUAUCAACUUAUUCUGAACUUCUCUUUGAUGCUCUUAUGAAGAUAUUUUGGUCACUCCAGAUGUAA